CAGUGAUUUAUAGCGCGACUGCGGCGGGCAUUCUGACACUGGGGGGAACUGACUUGGUGUCACUGACAUCCUCAGUGACACCAAUACAGUGAUCAGUGCUAAUAAAAAGCACUGACACUGUACUAAUGGCACUGGACAGGAAGGGGUUAACAUGAGGGGUGAUCAAAGGGUUAACUGUGUGCUGGGUGUGUUUUACUAUGUGGGCUGUGUGUGUGUUUUAUUGCAAGUACAUAGCAAAGCCAUACAAAGUAGUGUGCAGGAGCAGACAGGAGAGAGAUCUGUAUGGUUUACAUACAGGUCUCUCCCCCAUUGGAAACCCUCGGAGAUCGCCGGGUGCCGGCGGGGAAUUACUGACAGGGACCCAGUGAUUGACAGCCGAGGCCGCAAAUGGCAGCAUGUA